UACUGGUGUGGGUCUUGUGCGCAACUUUUCCACUCUAGUUUGAAAUUUACAACUUUACCAAAAACACAGAGCAGCAGAUUUUUUUUUAAAGAAGUAAUUUUACCUUCUUUUGGACUUCACCGACCAAUGUGGCUCCUUGGAUCAACUUCCCAAGUGAUGAUGAUGAUGGAUGAGCGCCUGUCUCCUUCCGCCCGCUCCGUCCAGAGCCCGGGGGACAACCCGUCCACAGUCCACAGCAUAGAGGCGAUACUGGGAUUUAAAGAGGACACCAUCUUCCACAAGUCGGCCUGCUACAGUAUGACAGAGAAGCUCCUGGUCAAAGAUGCGGAGCGGAAUGUAAUUGUGACCCCGCUGAAGAAAAGUCACUCCUCAGAAAGUUUUGACAGUGUGUGUUGUGCCAGCGGCGCCGCUGACGCCUCGGUGUGCCCGGACUCACCCGACAGAGACGGCAAACUGUCCGAUGAUGAAAACCCCAAAAAGAAACACCGGCGGAACCGCACAACAUUUACCACCUUCCAGCUUCACGAACUGGAGAGAGCUUUCGAGAAGUCCCAUUACCCGGACGUGUAUAGCAGGGAGGAGCUGGCGCUGAAGGUCAACCUGCCGGAGGUCCGAGUCCAGGUGUGGUUUCAAAACCGGCGGGCCAAGUGGCGUCGCCAAGAGAAGCUGGAGGUGAGCUCCAUCAAGCUCCAGGACACCUCCUCCUCCUCCUCCUCCUUGCUCUCCUUCAGCCGCUCUCCCACCAGCUCCCUGAGCACCAGCCUGCAGCUGGACCCCUGGCUCUCCACCCCGAUCACCACCUCCACCUCCCUGCAGUCCCUCCCGGGCUUCAUCACGGGCUCACAAGGCCUCCCGGGCACUUACACCCCCUCUCCUCCCCCUUCCAUGCCCUCUUCCUUGCCGGCCUCCUUCCUCAACUCCCCUGCCCUGGGACACAGUCCUCACCUGCCCCACAUGGUCUCCAUGUGCCCCCCGCCCCCUGCGUACCACUGCUCAGUUGAUCCAAGGAACUCCAGUAUUGCCUCACUGAGGAUGAAGGCCAAGGAACAUAUUCAGUCUAUUGGGAAGACGUGGUGAUGCUGAGUAGAGGUUAAAAAUGGACAUUGAAACCCAGGAUGCAUCGUGCUGCAUCUUUCGAGGAGGUGACGUCAUCCUCAUGCUGACAGGACUGUUAAUUUGGAAGUUUUAAAGAGUGAAAUCUACAGUUGACAUCCAGGAUUAGAGACAUCCUCUUCACUUAUAAGGGUAACACUUCUCCCUAUUUAGCAUUCAUACGCAGUAAAUGUUUAAUAAAUGGAUCAUGGUAAACUAUAAUUAAGUAUAAGCAGAUAUAAGUGUUUAUUAAUGUAUUUAUCCUCCUAUGGGCACCCAUAAGACAACACAGAAAACAUGGUUCUAUUAACAUAAAAUACAUCUUCAUUUGAGAAUUGCUGACAAAUACUGUACAUUAAUAAACACUUUAAAUAUCUUUGUAGCCACUUAUCACUAAGCUAUAAUGUUAUAAACUAUUUAUUAAAUGUUUGCACUGUUUAUAAAUGCUAAACAGGGGGACUUAAAGUUAAGUGUCAUCAAGCAACUAACUGAAAAUCUAUGAAACUAACUGUGACCUUCCUGUAAAAUCCAAAACUAAUGAACACCGCACAUCUGUUUUUUUUUCUCUUCUACUUUAUCUUCCCUGCAGUCCAUGUUUACUGUAAAGUUUUACAAUCAUUCAGUCCCACCUCAUUCUUAUCCGGUGUUAUGCUGCCAAUAUAACAGGUUCAUUAGUAUCCAUCAGUAUUUAUUCUACUUUUGUACAUGGAGCUACUCCUCGUUUUCAUCCUUCCUUUGCUGCUUUUUGAUCUGCAUCAUGAAAGAUUUAACAAAUGUGAAUAUUUUG